CUCUCUCUCUCCCAAAUACCAUGGGCAGUUUUUCUCUCACAAAACCAGUUGCUUCAGUAACACACAGAAUCCUCUCUCUCUCUCUCUCCCUUUUUUUCUCUCUUUACCUUUUCUCUAUUUUAUACCUUUUUCUUCCCCCCAACACCAACACCAACAACCCAAUCUAUUCCAUCAUCAACUUCUAUCUUCUCUAAUCCCAAAUUUUCUUUAACCCUUUUUCUUCUUUUCAACUAUUCAUUUCACGCCUCACUCCAUUUCCUCUAAAGUUUCUUCCUUUUUCGCUUCCAAUUUUUGUUCAUGGAAGCCAAUGGAAUUUUUUCUAACAUCACUACUUCUGCUUUGUUAGGAGUAGUUGAUAUCCCUUUACAACAACAACAACAACAGCAACAGAAUCUUCAAAUUCAACAAAAUCCUCACCAUUUGCAUCAUUCCCAAGUUGUUUCCUAUGUUUCUCAUCAUCAUGAUACUGACAACAACACACAUCAACAACAACAAUUGCAACAACCAAUCAAGCAUGGGUACCCUCCUUUUUCUUCAUCCAAUUCCAAAAUCAAACAACAACAACAACAACAGAGUUCUCAUUCUCAGCUUAGUGAUGAAGAUGAGCCAAAUUUUCCAGCUGAAGAAAGUUCAGGUGGUGACCCGAAGAGGAAGAUUUCACCAUGGCAGAGAAUGAAAUGGACAGAUACAAUGGUAAGGCUUUUGAUUAUGGCUGUUUAUUACAUUGGUGAUGAAGCUGGUUCUGAAGGGAACAAUAAUGAUCCAAUGAGUAAAAAGAAACCAAGUGGUUUGUUACAGAAGAAAGGGAAGUGGAAAUCUGUUUCAAGGGCUAUGAUGGAAAAAGGGUUUUAUGUUUCACCUCAACAAUGUGAAGAUAAGUUUAAUGAUUUGAAUAAAAGGUAUAAGAGGGUUAAUGAUAUACUUGGAAAAGGAACAGCUUGUAGGGUUGUUGAAAAUCAGAAUUUGUUGGAUUCAAUGGAUUUGACUACAAAGAUGAAAGAAGAAGUUAGGAAAUUGCUUAAUUCUAAGCAUCUUUUCUUUAGGGAAAUGUGUGCUUAUCAUAAUAGUUGUGGUCAUGGUAGUGUUGUUGCUUCUUCUAAUGUUCAACAACAACAAGUAGAAGGUGGAACAACAACACCACCACCACAAGCUCAACCACAACAACAUCAACAGCAACAAUUACAACAACAACAGCAGCAAUGUUUUCAUUCAUCAGAGAAUGGUUUAAAGAUGUUGAAAAUCGGAAAUGGUGAAGGGGAAGAGGAAGAUGAUGAGUCGGAGGACGAUGAUUCAGAGGAUGAUUCUGAUGAGGAAGAUGAUGAAUCAAGAGAAGGUGGUUCAAAGAAUCAAAUUGGUCAUUUUAAUGAUCAAGAUGAAGAUGAAAAUGAUGGGAAGUUAUUAACAUCAUCAAGGAAAAGGGCAAGAAAAGAAGGAGGAUUUGCAUUUUCAAUGUCAUCAUUAUCAUCAUCAACAGCAUUAACAUCCACAUUGAUGCAUCAAAUGAAGAGUGAAAUAAGUGGUGUGUUUCAAGAUGGUGGUAAGAGUCCUUGGGAGAAAAAGCAAUGGAUAAGGAGUAAGAUAAUGAUGUUGGAGGAGGAGAAAGUAAGGUAUUUGUCACAAGAGUUUGAGCUUGAAAAACAAAGGUUGAAAUGGGCAAGGUUUAGUAGCAAGAAAGAGAGGGAAAUGGAGAGAGCUAAAGUUGAAAAUGAAAGGAGGAGAUUGGAGAAUGAGAGAAUGGUUUUGAUUAUAAGGCAGAAGGAGAUUGAAUUGAUGAGUCUUCAACAACAACAACAGCAUCAACAACAACAUUCUUCUACCUAGAGAAUGAUGAUGAAAAUUAGUUAGAUAUAAUGUUAGAUUAGGCCAAAUAGAUUAAAGUGGUUCUUCUAUUUUUGGGAUUAUUCUUAUUGAAUUCAGAAAAAUAAUAAUAAUAUAUCUGUACUUGAACUUGUAAUUUAGGCACACUUUGUUUUUUUAGCUUACUAAAUGUGACUCUUCCUACUUCAAUUUGGAAUGUUAAAACUUGAACAUUGGAAUCAACAUUACAUUUCUGGAGUAAAAACAAAAUGUAAGAUGUACUGAAGUGUUGUGAGAUUGUUAAA